UAUGUAAUUAUAAUAAUGAUAACCUAUUGGAUUACUGAAGUAGUAGAACUUCCAGUGACAUCCUUGCUUCCUGUGGUACUAUUCCCACUUCUAGGUGUAAUAUCAACAGAAAGAAUCUGCCAAUAUUACUUCGAGGAAAAUAACAUGUUAUUUAUUGGAAACAUGAUAUUUGCAAGUUUUGCCGAAGAGUGCAAUAUACACAAAAGAAUUGCUCUAACAAUAUUGAAGAGAUUUUCGUCCGAUCCGAAAUGGAUAAUUUUGGGAUUUAUGCUAUCCACAUCAUGUCUUGCUGCAUGCAUAUCUAACGUAGCAGUGACCAUGAUGAUACCAAUCAUAGACGUUGCUGUCAAUGAAAUUUACUCAGAAUCGAUGAAAACUGUACACGAAAAUAAUUUAUCAGGUGAACCUGAAAACAAGAAUUCAAAAUCAAAAUCUGACAAGAUGACUAUCAAAAUGGGAGAAGGAAAAUAUUUUUUGGAAGUUGAAAAACUUCGAAAAUAUAUUUAUUUGAGUGUAGCGUAUGCAGCAAAUAUAGGAAGCUUAGCAACAUUAACGGGCGCAGGACCUAAUCUAGUCCUGAAAUUUGUAUUGGAAGAACUUUACAAAUCAGUGACGAUAACUUAUGGUACUUGGUUAUUAUAUGGAGUGCCACUCAGUUUGCUGCUUAUUAUAUCAACUUGGAGCAUAUUUUGUGCAUGCUUAUGUUGCUUGAAGAAAUUAAAGCUUAAGAAAAUAAAUAUAUCAACUAUUAUAAUUGACCAAAAGUAUAAAGAAUUAGGAUCCCUGAAAUACAACGAGAUUUUAGUAAUGGUAAUGCUAUUCUUAAUGAUGAUCUUAUGGAUUUUUCGUAAUCCGAAUUACAUAAAAGGAUGGAGUACGUUAUUCCCAUACUCGAAAUCAAGCGAUACAAGUGUUUGCGUUUUCGUGGCCAUACUUCUUUUUAUUCUUCCAUAUAAAAGUAAAAAUGGUUUCUCUUCUGUUAAGUGGAAGCUUGUAGAAAGUAAAUUGCAAUGGGGUGUCCUCUUGCUUCGUGGAGGUGGUUUUGCCAUUGCGGGUGCCAUUAAUGAUUCAGGAUUAUCUGCAGUGAUUGGACAUCAUUUAGCAUCCUUUCAUAAUUUAUCCAAAAGUGCAAUUUUGGUGAUCUUCUCCAUCUUUGCAUCAAUUUUUACGGAGAUCUUGAGUAAUACGGCAACUGCCACUAUAAUAAUUCCUAUUGUAACUCAAGCGGCAAUGAAUCUUGGUUUAAACCCGUCGAUGAUGUCUAUCCCGGUAGCCAUUUUAUGCUCUUUAGCAUUUAUGUUUCCCAUCUCGUCAUCAUCUAACGCCAUAAUUUGCUCGCAUGCAGAAAUUAAAAUCAAGGAUAUGGUGUUCAUAGGCUUCAUUAUUAAAUGUGUUUCCAUAUUUAUAACCUUAUCCAGUAUAUAUCUAUACGCGAAUUUUAUAUUCGAUCUAAAUUCGCUUCCCAUUCCGCUAACAGAUGGCGGUAGAAAUUUUUCUCUUCCUACACCCGAUUUAUCGGUUUAA